AUGGCGCUGGUUAACAUCAGCUUGCUGGCUGCGGCUACCGAUGCCAGCUACUUUACUCACUUGUCACCUCAAGCCGCCAACACCACGGAGCCGGCCAUCUCCUUGAGGUCGUAUCAUCCAGACUUCUACAACGUAAUCGGUCACGGUGCAAAGGCCCGAAAAGUGUGGGAUCUGCCGUGGGAAGCCUUUCACGAAGCUGGCAUCUACAACCGCCGAGAUAACUCCUUAUACAUCACGUCCAACUACAAGAGUCUGGACGACAACAUUAACGUGACCGUUGUCAGCCUUGACUCGGAAGACUAUCCGUAUAAAAGCACUCAAUUUCCCAAUCUGGCAAUGGCAAAUGGCGGCACGUCAUACUAUCCGCCGGGAGCAAACCACAGCCAAACUCCUCCGAUGCAGGUGUACUGCGACGAGGGAGACUUUGAGCACUACUCGCAGCUGCUCGCCGUGGACCCAAACACAAACAAGUCCAAACCUCUGUUGACGAAUUUCCUCGGACGCAACUUUUCAUCGCUCAAUGACGUCCGGCAGCACCCUCAGACGGGAGAUCUGUGGUUUACCGACGCCGACUACGGAUACUUUCAGCACUUUCGAUCGGAGCCAACCCAACCGAAGCAGGUAUACCGUUUUGAACCAAGCACGGGCAUUGUGCAAGUGGUGGCAGACGGCUUUGUGCAGCCAAACGGUUUAGAGUUUUCGCCCGAUCUGAAGACGCUGUACGUUUCCGACACGGGCGCCCAGCAGUUCAAGAAGGUGCUCACGCAGCCGGCUACGAUAUACUCGUACGAUGUCAUCGACAAGAAGCGUCUCGCCAACAGAAGGACGUUUGCAUGGGCAGACGCCGGGUUUCCUGAUGGAGUGCAUUGCGACACUCGCGGCAACGUUUGGGCGUCUUGUGGCGACGGGGUGCACAUUUGGAACUCGCAUGGCAUCUUGCUGGGCAAAAUCUUUGUUGGAGAAAUGAGCAACAAUUUGGCCUUUGCCCCGGGCAAGGUGUUUGUGUUUGCAAAUUCUCGGCUGUGGGUUGUAGAGAAUAUCAAGGCACAAGGGAGGGAGGUGUGUCGAGAUUUCGGCGUAGGUUGUUAG